AUGUAUUUAGCUGUUCCGAAAGGCAGUACGAAUCAACGCACAGGUCGAGAUGGCCAAGACCGAAAAGGGUCGCUUUCAUCUAGCUUGAUUACAUCCCAGAGAGCGUCGCCACUCCCCAUAAUGAGUUCGACAAAGUCUGACCCGUGUGUUCAAUCCCCCGGUCCGUUUCGAAACUCACCCGAGCAGGAAGCUUCUUUGACAAGUCAAUCACACUUGGAAAAUGACACGGACACCAUUAGAGAGGUCUUCGAGAGCGGACCGUCGGUUAUAAAAGGAGAAUGUCAAACUGAGGAGACUGAUGACGACGGGCACGAUUCUGCAUCUUCCAACGAGUUAGCAGAAGACAUCCUUCCCAGGGAUAGACAGCAAAGAACACCCACUUAUGAUUACGCCUAUGAAAAGUCAAUGAGCCAUGCAGAAGCGAAACUGUUUUAUCAGAGACAUCGACAGACAUCGAGAAACCAUGAUGGCGAAUCUCUCCAGAGUGCAGCCAUGGCCAAUCGCACGAUCUCUCAUAAGGGAGAAGAUGUCGCACCGAGUUGGACAGCAAACAUAGCAUCUCGAAUGAGCAAUCCAGGUCAAACAUCUUCCACCUGUGCUCAAGAUACGGCAACAGUCACACCUGAUGGUUCUGCUCAGAAUGCACCAUCGACGCAUACCUCCAAUUAUUCCUCCUACAUUCGUAUGCAUCAUGAAAGUCUUGCAGCUGAUCAAUCGCCUCGAAACCAUGCACUACAUCCGGGGCUUCUACAUGAGCACAGACCAUAUGUUUUAUCUUCACAGGAUAUCCAUAGAACAGGAACUGGAAUCGGAAUCGGGCAAGGUGUCGAGGGCUUUGGAUCAAGUGACGACGCUGUCACAGCAGAACUGAACAUCGUGUGUCGUAAGAUACGAAGUCUCCUCGAAAGACGGCACAAAUAUAUUCAACUGUCCUUGCAAGGGCCAGGAAGUAAUCCAAAGGACGAGCCUAACUGGAAGAUUUAUCCACCACCACCCGACCCUUCCUGGGAUGAAGACAAAGAACGCUUGAACAACAAUGUGUCCGCCCCGCCAAAUGGGAACGUGUCGAGUCUCGGACUUUCUCCAGGGCCUGACAAUGUCAACGACUCGCCUCCUCGAGUGCGCAAACGGAGGAAGAUGGGCCAAGACAUUGGGGAAGAUUUUGACAUGGCAGAUCUCAUGCCUCUCCCAGGAGAAUCAGACCUCGUAUUCCGACUAGAUGGGACGAGCGUCUAUCAAGUGUACGAGAGCGAUGAAGCCGCGGACCGCAAUCAGCCGAUCGUUCAGAUUCCGUCCCUGAGGGAUUUUUAUAUGGACUUGGACACAAUCACCGAUGUAUCCACGGACGGCCCAGCUAAGUCCUUUGCCUUCAAGCGUCUGUCAUACCUUGAAGGCAAGUUCCAACUACACACCUUGUUAAAUGAGUAUCAAGAAUUAGCAGAUAGCAAGAAAGUGCCGCAUAGAGAUUUUUACAAUGUUCGGAAGGUUGAUACCCAUGUUCACCAUUCAGCUUGCAUGAACCAAAAGCAUCUUUUAAGGUUCAUCAAGAGCAAGAUGAAGAAGUCGCCAGAUGAGGUUGUCUUAUUUAGAGACGGGAAGCAUUUGACACUGAAGGAGGUCUUUGAGAGCAUUAACUUGACGGCUUAUGACCUAAGUAUCGAUACGCUCGAUAUGCAUGCACAUAAAGACUCGUUUCAUCGAUUUGACAAAUUCAAUCUGAAAUACAAUCCUGUCGGCGAAUCCCGUCUGCGUGAGAUCUUUCUCAAAACGGAUAACUAUAUCAAGGGGCGCUAUUUAGCGGAGAUCACGAAGGAGGUGAUAUCAGAUUUAGAAUCAAGCAAGUAUCAAAUGGCGGAAUGGCGCAUCUCCAUCUACGGGAGGUCGAUGGACGAGUGGGACAAAUUGGCAGCAUGGGUGGUAGAUAAUAAAAUAUUCUCCCCCAAUAUUCGCUGGCUGAUCCAGGUACCACGACUCUACGAUGUGUACAAGUCAAGCGGCAUGAUGCAAAAUUUCGAGGAGGUUAUCACGAACGUUUUCCAACCUCUUUUUGAAGUAACCAAAGAUCCUCGCAGCCAUCCCAAGCUCCAUAUCUUCUUGCAACGCGUUGUUGGCUUCGACAGCGUCGAUGAUGAGAGCAAAGCAGAGCGUCGGCUCUACAAGAAAUACCCAAUCCCGAGGGAGUGGAACACGAAACAAAAUCCUCCUUACAGUUACUGGAUCUACUUCAUGUUCGCAAACAUGGCAUCCCUAAAUUUCUGGCGGAAGCGCCGCGGUUUUAACACGUUUGUUUUAAGACCGCAUUGUGGUGAGGCUGGGGAUCCCGACCAUCUCGCUGCUGGGUUCCUAUGCUGUCACAGCAUCAGUCAUGGCAUUCAGCUUCGGAAAGUCCCUCUGCUUCAAUAUCUCUUCUAUCUCGACCAGAUUGGUAUUGCCAUGUCACCGCUGAGUAACAACGCGCUCUUCCUGACCUAUGACAAAAACCCUUUUGCCAGCUUCUUCAGGAAAGGGCUUAACGUCUCUCUUUCAACGGACGAUCCAUUACAAUUUGCCUUCACAAAAGAACCGUUGAUCGAAGAAUACGCGGUUGCAGCGCAGAUAUAUAAGCUUAGCGCUGUUGACAUGUGUGAACUAGCUAAACAUUCUGUUGAACAAAGCGGUUUCGAGCUAGCUCUCAAGCAAAGGUGGCUUGGUGAACAAUGCCACUUGCCCGGAGUCGCAGGGAACAACGUUGCCAAGAGCAAUGUCCCGGAUCUUCGGGAAGCAUUUAGACACGAGACUCUCGUUGGGGAAUUAUCUUUGAUUGAGAGAUAUUCAUCGUAUACGUCUGGUACUCUUUCAAACACAUCGGUUGCAGGACCUCCUUCUAAUGUUCUCUGCAACAAUGCUACGGAAGCUGCGUGCCCUGCAAGCACAAUAUCGGCUUCAGGCUUCAAUUCAGCAGUAUCAAAUCCUACGAUCCCAGCCGAAUAUCAUCUUCAUCGUAGAAUCGUUCAAUCAUCACCUCUUACACACGACCCGAAGAUAAACACCAUUUACGCCCAAGCUAAUGGUAUCCCGGGAAGCCACAGCAUGAUGCCGGAGCUUCAGCCAGGGUACUCUUCUCUAGUCACUUCCGGUCAAAAUCUUCCACCGCCACAUGCAUCAGUCGGUGCAAGUGGGAACGCUGGAACCGCAGUAGUGGGUUCUGCGAACUUACCAGAGCAAAAGAUCUUCCCUGGGUUAAUGCAUGAAAGAGCGAGAAGGGGAAGCAUGAGGGUUGGAUCUUCAGCGGACUCGUCGACGGAAGACAGAGACGGUAACGGUCACCAUAAGGACGAGGAGGACUUUGAGGUUAACUCAAGCGAUACAUAA